AGAAUCCGGCGGGAACAGGCUUCUGACGAGUUUGUUCGAGUCAUGGAGGCCAAAGUCCGCGCCGGAGGCGUCGGGGAUUUUCAGCUAGGUGCCGACGGUGCCUUAGAGUUCAGAGGCAGGAUCGUGGUCCCGAAAGUCGAGACGUUGCGGAAGGAGAUAUUGUCAGAGGCUCACACCGCACCCUAUCUAGCCCAUCCCGGGAGCACGAAGAUGUAUCACCACCUAAAAGGGUCGUUCUGGUGGCGAGGAAUGAAGAAAGACGUCGUCGAGUUCGUUAGUAGAUGUUUUACCUGUCAGCAAGUUAAAGCCGAACAUAAGAGUCCGAUCGGCCUCCUGCAGACACUGCCGAUUCCGAGGUGGAAGUGGGAGGAAGUCACGAUGGAUUUCGUUACGGGAUUACCGAGGUCGUCUGAACAUCACGAUGCUAUCUGGGUCGUUGUCGACAGAUUGACUAAGGACGCUCAUUUUUUACCCGUGUCGAUGAAGAUGUCUUUGGAUAAGUUGGCUGAGAUUUAUACCCGUGGGAUCAUUCGACUCCACGGA